AUGAUCUUUUUCUCGGAUUUCGAAUUCUCACAUGCCGGUUACGUAUCCUUCGAUAUAUCUUCCCUGACGGUCAACUCCUCCACCUCCUUCGAUCCUACGCAUAGUGGUUUCGUCCUUCAACGGCGUGAGGUGCAAGACCAGCAAAACACUACUAUUUGCCCUUUGGAUUUCAAAUUAAACUCAGCCGUCUUUACUUUCCAAGAUCUUUCCCAUGCGUUCAACAAAUCAUACCCUGUCACACAUCCGGGUAUGAACUCACUUUUCUUUGUCAAUUGCAACGGCGAAGGCGAAUCCUUUGUGACUACGGACGGCCGUGCAGAGCUCUACAACAUGGAUGAUGGUACUACCAGAAACUAUUUAUCAGCAGGGCUAACGCACCUCCCGUUUCUUUACUUCUUUUCCUCCUUCAUUUAUUUGCGUUUUCUAGGGUUUUGGAUAAAGAACAAACGAUGUUUUCACGGGAUCCAUUUACUCAUGGGUGGGUUACUUCUUAUGAAUUAUGUUCAGCUUAUAUGUGCGGCAGCCGAUCUAUAUUUUGUGAAGGUUACAGGUACUCCUCAUGGAUUCGAUGGCUUGUUUUACAUAUUUCAGCUUAUCAGGACUGUGCUUUUGUUUACCGUGAUCACGUUGAUCGGUACUGGAUGGUGUUUGUGGAAGCCGUAUUUGGAAGAAUGUGAAAUAGUGAUUUUGAUGUUUGUGAUCAUAGUUCAGGUCUGGGCUAAUGUAGAUUCUAUAUUGAUAUGGAAAUUCGACGGACCUUAUAAUAUAUACCGGGAACAUUGGACCUAUAGUUCUACAAGCUUAGAUAUCAUCUGUUGCUUUGUUAUUUUCGUCCCUAUGGUGUUGUCAGUUAUCUCGUUGAAGAAGAAUCGUGAGGCUGAUGCGAAUGCUGCUAUGAAUCUGGUCAGGUUGUGCCUAUUUGGGCUUGUGGUUUUUUUAUACGUGCUCUUUACGAGGUUUCUUGUUCGUGGAUUAUUUCCCGCAUGGAUGAAUUAUGGGGUACAGGAAAUCAGUAUUCUUGUGGUAUGUGUGGUGAUGUUUUUCAUUUUUAGGCCACUUGAUCAUGAGGAUGAUGAUAAAAAAGCAGUCCAGAUUAGCCCUUCUUCCUAUUUUACUGUGCGAGUUUCAAGUAGUUUUUCGUAG